AUGGGCUGGUUGUGGAAAACCCCUUCCAAGGAGGGCGAGUCUCAAACCUCGCCUCCUGCUUCAUCUGGUCUACCUGAUUCCGGUCUACCAUCUGCACAGACAGCACAUGCAUCUACGCCGUCCUCAUCAGCACAAGCGGAUCAACCCCCAACAUUAACUCGCGAAGAGCAAGCCGACGCCGAAUGGAAGAAGUUAAUCGCUAGUCUCGAGGGCGAUAUUAGCCAGAAAUUACACGAUCAACAGCGAUCGACUCCCGAAACACCGUUUCUCGAUACAACAUCAUCAUUUUCUAAUCCUCAUUCUCCCCCGAACUCGAUCGCCCCCGAUUCUCUCUAUCCCGAUACCAUGUCUUGCCGCUCGGCAUUCGACUACGCCUUUUUCUGUCAGUCUUUCGGUGGCCAGUUUGUCAACGUUUACCGAUACGGCGAGCUGCGGUCUUGCAGCGAGCAUUGGAGUAAUUUCUGGCUGUGCAUGAAAACGCGCACCUGGGGUGACGAACGGCGCAAGGAGGCGAUUCGGGAUCAUUACCGGAAGAAGGCUAUCAAGUACAAGACAGGGCCCAGCAGUGAGGAUGUCUGGGAUGUGCGCACGGAAUUUAUCGGCGAGUGCUUCAAUGGCGACUUCGCCGCGCUCGAGAGGGAGGUGAAGGCU